AUGAAGGCUUGGUGGUUAAUCCAAAUAUCUCUGCUGUUCUACCUGAAUAAGCAAGUUCUAUGCGAUCUUGAUCCAGUACCAAAAGUUGUGAGAGCAAUUUUAAAAGCUGGAAACUAUAACAAGAAUGAGCUGCCAUUUACCAAUAAGGUUAAUGAGAUUUUGAGAUGGUAUGAUCCCAGAUUGAAUUACUCAAAGUAUUCAAACUUGACUGAAAUUUCAAAUUAUCAUAAAGAUCAUUGGAUCGAUUUACAAACGUCAAAUGAUCUGAUUUGGAAGCCAGAGCACUCAUACUUUAACUAAAUCAAUGUUGAAGUAGAGUCUGAAUAGUUCUAUCUAUAUUACACUGGAUUGAUUGAUUGGGUGAGAAAGAUUACACUUACUUAUAAAUGCACAUUUGAUUUUACAUUGUUCCCAAAUGAUUUUCAAGUGUGCAACGUUUAACCUUUUAUGGAUAAGUUUAACAACACUCAAGUUAAUUUUAGGCCAUAUCAAGUUGACAACCCACUAUAAGUUAAUCACUUUAACCCAUUAGUGACUACAAGCACAAUGCCUACUAACUACUUCAGCUUUGAUAUUAAACUUGAAUUCAAUGGGAGUUUAGAACUAAGAAAUGAAUUAGAUCACUCUGUUAAUGCUGCACUUACUUACUCUUUGGUUAUGAAAAGAAAUCCAUACUUCUAUAUGGUCUAUUAUAUUGUCCCGUCAGUGAUCUUGGUGAUCAUCUCUUAUUGUAGUUUCUGGAUCAAUAAGGAUUCUGUAACAGCUAGGUGUUUCCUCGCUAUACAGACUGUCCUGAUUACUAUUAACUUUUAGAAUGACAUUUAUGCUAUGCUACCCCCAAUAGAUUACCCUGCAUGGCUAGAAUCUUAUUUUACAGGUGUCUUAAUCUUUAAUUGCUUCGCAAUGGUUGAGUAUGCAGUUGUCAAUUUCUGCACAUCUAACUAUAAGGUUCUUUAGCAAUAGAUUGACAAUGCUGUGAACAAUAUCAGUGCUAAUCUUUCAAAAUUUAAAAAGAAGCUUAUUAAGAAUCUUGAAAGUAAGAGAUUAAGAGAAAGUAUUAUUAGCUAAUAAAACAGGAAUUCAGUUAUUAGUCCAUCAAACAGAGUUCAAACUGCAGAACUAAAAACUGAAUAAGUAGAGCCUUUAAACACAGAAAAUGGUCUUUUGCAUUAGCAAACAACUAUUCCAGAAAAAAGCCCCUUAAGUUUCUUCUAAAUGAAAUCAAAAGAUGCACUUGGAGGUCAAUUAAACAAGAACAACCAUAAUGCUACUAGUAGCAAUGCUGGCCUAAUGGCUAAUACAAAGUCUAAGAUACUAGCAAAUACACCAGCAUUUCAAAAGAAUGAUCCAGAUGAGCUAUUAGAUGGUGAGAAUAUUGAUAAUCUAAUUGAUCAAGAGUUUAACAUCGAAGAUGAAAAUAGGGAUCCCUCUAGAAGAAAUUCCGAUGAUUUCAUUUAAAAGAGAGGAUCUAAAAAAAUAUUUGGCAAUCAAAUUGAAAAUUUUGAACAUGAGCCAGCUACUGAUAAAAAAAUGUUGUCUCCUGAAAAUAAUUAAUAAGAAGAAUAACCACCACUAUAAGUUAAAUUGACUAAUAGACAAAUGGAAGCUGAUGAAGAAGAAAAGGAGUAAGAGUUGUAUUACUUCCAUUUAUCAUAACAUAUUGAGGAAUUAGAGAGAGCAUCUCUAUAGGGUAAUUCGAACCUUGCAAAAUUCCUCCUUGCUUUUAACAACUUCAAGCUCUUCGCUGUGAAGCACUGGUCUAAAAUAGAUAUAGAUCUUGAUCAGAAGACUAGAAAGCAAAUCCUUGAUGUUUUUACUAUUGAAAAUUCGAUUGCCUUCCAAAUUUACAAGUUUAUUUCAGAGUCAAUGGAUAACUUCUUUAGAUUUGGAUAUAUUGCAAGUUUCAUCUUAUACUUAAGCAUCAGACUCUCAGUGUUGUUUGACCUUGAAUGGUUACUUGGUGCAUCUAUUGCUGUGUUUUGCCUUAGCUUCUUCAUUUACAUAAUCCUAAUUAUCAACUCAACUAUGUACGAAAACGAGUGGUCUUUUAAAUACACUUUCUAUCAUUUCGUUAAAUUCAGAUGCAUUUUCCCGUAGAGAAAAUAAAACUUUAUCAAGAAAGAGGAUUAAAAGGAAAUCGAUCAGAAAAAUAAGAAAAAUAAAAAGUAAUGA